AUGCCUGGGGCAAAUGAGGCAGAAACCAUUCGCAUUCUCAUCUCCACCGAUAAUCAUGUCGGCUACAACGAGCGAGAUCCCAUCCGUGGGGAUGACAGCUGGAAGAGCUUCCACGAAAUCAUGUGCAUGGCCAAGGAACGGGAUGUCGAUAUGAUCCUCCUGGCGGGAGACUUGUUCCAUGAGAAUAAACCAUCGCGGAAAUCCAUGUAUCAGGUCAUGCGGUCGAUUCGAAUGAACUGUUUUGGGGACAAGCCGUGUGAACUAGAGAUGCUCAGCGAUGCAAGUGAAAACUUCCAGGGGGCAUUCAACCAUGUUAACUAUGAGGACCUGGAUAUGAACGUGGCGAUUCCUAUCUUCUCCAUCCACGGAAAUCACGACGACCCCUCGGGAGAGGGUCAUCUGGCUGCACUAGAUCUACUGCAAGUGUCCGGCCUUCUUAACUACUACGGCCGGACUCUGGAGUCAGACAACAUUCAAAUUAAGCCUGUCUUGCUACAGAAAGGCCGGACAAAGCUUGCGCUGUACGGAAUGAGCAACGUUCGUGACGAGCGACUGUUCCGCACCUUUCGGGAUGGCAAAGUUAAAUUCUUUCAACCGUCUGUCCAGAAAAGUGACUGGUUCAACUUAAUGUCUGUGCAUCAGAAUCAUCAUGCUCAUACAGAAACAAGUUAUCUUCCGGAGAACUUUCUGCCCGAAUUUCUCGAUUUGGUCAUCUGGGGCCACGAACAUGAAUGCCUGAUUGAUCCUAAGCUCAACCCGGAGACCAAAUUCCACGUUAUGCAGCCAGGAUCAUCUGUCGCGACGUCCUUGGUACCUGGGGAGGCUGUUGCAAAACAUGUCUCGAUUUUGAGUGUAACAGGCCGAGAAUUUCAAAACGAACCUAUCCGAUUGAAGACGGUGCGACCAUUUGUGAUGCGAGAAAUUGUACUAUCCGAAGAAAAGGGAGCCCAAAAGCUUGCACGCAAGGAGAACAAUCGCACAGAAGUAACUCGGUUCCUCAUGUCCAUUGUCGAAGAACUGAUUGAAGAAGCCAACGCAGAAUGGUUAGAGAUGCAAGGCGACCGCAUUGACGAGGACGAGAAUGACACACUGGUGGCUCCACUUCCUCUCGUUCGCCUCCGUGUGGAGACUUCCACGCCUGAAGGGGGUAUUUACGAUUGUGAAAACCCCCAGCGUUUCUCCAAUCGCUUCAUUGGUAAGGUCGCUAACGUGAAUGAUGUGGUGCAAUUCUACCGCAAGAAAAAAACCGCUUCUACGUCGCGUAAGGAUGAUACAUCCAUUGAUGAAUCGGCUGUUUCUCAUCUAUCGGCCCUUGACACCGUGAAAGUCGAACAACUAGUGCGCGAGUUCCUUUCAUCACAGUCAUUAAGCAUUCUCCCGCAGAAUUCUUUCGGGGAUGCUGUUGCCCAAUUUAUUGACAAGGAUGACAAGCACGCAAUGGAGAUGUUUGUCAAUGAAUCCCUCGAGAGCCAAGUCAAACACCUGUUAGCCUUGGAUCGUGACGAGGACGAGAUGGACGACGAGGAGAGAGGGCAAAGUUCGCUAGUCACUGCUAUGGAGAAAUAUCGUGGUCAGAUGGAAAGCAUGUUUUCAAAAGGCCUGAAGAAGCGAACUCGCGGUAAAAAGCGCUUUAAGCCCAAGCCAGAUGGUUGGGAUUCCGAGUUUGAUGGCGCGUGGGAAGACCAGCCUGGUGCCCUUCUUCAUUCUGACAAUGAAGGUGGGGAUCCAGCAGAGGAAGAAGCUGGAGAAAAUGGGACAGUGCCUUCCCGUGAUCGUGCCGCAGCCCCGAGUCGCGGUCGUGGUAGGGGUCGUGGUCGAGGUGGAAUGGCCGGUCUGGGAACCCACAAGUCCAAAUCUACCCCAGAAACAAAGACUACAAAGGGUCGCAAGAAGCAAGCAGUUUCAGACGAAGAAUCAGACAUUAUUAUGCUAGAUGAUGAUGACGACGAUGUUGUAGCCAACGUCAUUUCUGAUGAUGAGGACGAUGAUUCGCAGGCAUUGUUUGUCAAGCAGCCUCCAUCUACCACUAUCGCAAAGCCACGAAAAACUGCCCCUACAAUAACGACGACCCAGCGCGGCAGUGGACGUGCUGCUGCCUCGCCCGCUUCAGCAUCGGUUACCGUUGGUAGGACUACUUCUAGGCGAGCACCUACACGCGGUAAGCCGGCUCAGUCUACGCUCAGCUUCUCUGCUUCACAGGCCGGCGCGCCUCUGUCAUCACGGCCUAACCGCUCCACCCGUAACAUGAGUGUUAUCGGCGAUGGUAUUGAUGAUGAUGACGAUGAUGAUGAUGCCUUUGAAGAAAUGCCGAGUACCUCGAGACGUCGUAGGUAA